AAAUUGUACACAAAAAAUUAUCGAUAUCAGGCGUGAAGUGCCAAAAUAAGACAAAUUUUGUCAACAAAACUGGACAAAUUUCGCAGAUUUCGUAGAUAAACCUUUACAAUAUGCACCGAUCCCAUCCGAGCAUUAGUCGCCGCAAGCACCUGAUGAAGGAGAUGAUGGAGGACGACUACGCACUGCCCACGGAGAACCAGCAGAUCGCGCGGGUCCUCAGCAGCCGGGGGAACAAUCUCCACGAGGUGGAAACGGCGAGGGUCGAGGAAAACUUCCUGGUUUCAAUGCCCAACAAAUUCCGCAAGAGCAUGUGGGUGAAAAGGGGCGAUUUCCUUCUGAUCGAACCGAUCGAAGAGGGCGAUAAGGUCAAAGCCGAGAUCUGCAAAAUACUCACGCCUGAACACGUCAAGGAAUACACAAAAGCUGGAGUUUGGCCGGACAAGUUCGCCAAGAAACCUGCCCAGGAGGAAUCAUCCAACCAAAAUGAAGACGACUCAGAUUUCGAAGAUGAUCUCCUGCCUAAUACCAACCGUCCUGUAAACCAGGAAUCCUCCGAUGAAGCGGAAGACGAGGAAACAUCCAGCGACGAAGACUGAAAUUCCUUGUUAUUAAGUACAAAAAUGCAGCCACGUAGUUAAGACUUUUAUAAAAAUUAAAAAGCUUUGUUAAGAAAUAACCAAAAACUGUUGA